AUGGGGAACCACAAAAAGGCUCAACCUAACACCCAGCUCACCGGGAAAAUACCGGCAGAUAAAACGGGCAGCGUAACCCGUCUAUUUAAAGAAUAUGCCGACUGCGUGUCGGACUCCGGCGAUCCCAAUAUGGCGCUGACGGCGGCAAAUACUGACUCAUACCCGCCGAGCCCCACAGCAUCAGACACAUCUCACACUUCCACAGACAUGGAUAUAAGAGAAAUCCUGAGAAGUCUCCCAUCAAAAACGGACUUAGCACAAAUGCUUAGCAGACUAGAAACAACCUUCCAGCAUAAAAUGGACGGCCUCAGCUCAGAAAUAAAACAGAUAGGUGCAGGAUCUGGAGGAUGA